AUGCACAAAAUAACAACAACUCAACUAACAAACCCACCAAACUACGCGAUGCCACGCCACACCACACCACACCACACUACGCCACACUACAACAGCCACAAAGCAGGUGAGAACGCAGACGACCAGUUCUACUUGAAAUUGGAACUUUCCACCGACUCAGCUGUGGUCGGCGAUAACUUGGAAGCAAUCUGCCACGUCAACAAAACGUCAUCAUCAUCAUCAUCACCUUUAUCAUCAUCAUCAUCAUCACUGUGGUACUCAUCGUCAACUUAUUUGUCGUCAUCAACGUCCAUAUCGUUGGUGCCCCAAAGACAGACGCAACAAAAGAAUUAUCAAGUCAUCUGGUUCAAGAUAUUUCCUGAGAGUAAUGCUGAUGAGAUUGAGAUUGCUACUAACGCCUACAUCAACGAUGAGUUCAACCAUACCGGAAGGUUAUUACGUCACGGUGAAGAUGAUGAAGACGAUGAUGGCUAA